UCAACCGAUUUUCCGUGGUGAAAAGACGACAAAAGAAAUAGGAAACGCAUUUGCCAAACUUUUUCACGAUCCACUAAGCACGUAAUGAUGCCACGUGUCACUCAUCUUCAUCAUCUCUUUCAUUUCCUCCUAACGUUUCAUUUGCCCCCGGUGGAGUGAGUGAGACAAUUGAGAUAAAGAAGAAUUUAAUUCCCCCCCUUUACAGUCACCAAUAUGGAUGAUCCAGUUCGGAUUCCAAUUCCAGAUGGGAAUAAUAAUCCAUCUUUUUCCUUUCCCCAAAUAAAGGAAUUUGUUCAAUUUACUUGUUAAUGUCUCGUCUCGUCGUGUCAGUUGCAACCUUAUUGCCAACUUGUGACUGCACAUUCCCAAUUUUUUCGUCAUCGGAAUCAGAUUCUCUGCUUUCAUCGAUUCCACUUAGCUUCUUCGCUCUCUCCCCUCGAUGCUUUUUUAAAUCCACCAUGCGAAUUCCCAAGAAACCUGUUGCCUUUUGUCUCUCCCUCUUCUCCCCUUACUUUCCCACUGCUUUUUCCUCCCGGAUUCUUCGCUUCUCCUCUGGAUUUCCCGCCAAAAUUAGACCCAUCCACGCUGCAGGGGCUAAUCAGUUGCACUCUCGCUACUCAAUGGACCAUAGUGCUGGGACCAUGUUAGGUGACCAAGCAUCACAAUCUCAUCUCAUGGUGAACAGCAAUGGUGGUGAGAAACAACAUGUAUGGUCGUCUCCUGAAGGAGGAUGUAAAAUUGAUAUAGGAAAACAGAUUUUCUGCAACAGAUCAUUGAAUAUGAGGAAUAUCGUUGCUGUUGGCUUUGAUAUGGAUUAUACCUUGGCACAAUACAAACCUGAAACUUUUGAGUCCCUUGCAUAUGAAGGCACAAUAAAAAAAUUGGUUUAUGAUUUGGGCUAUCCUCAAGAGUUACUGGAAUGGACAUUUGAUUCGAAGUACAUGGUUAGAGGCUUGGUUCUAGACAAAAAGAGAGGCAACAUCUUAAAGAUGGAUCGACAUAAGUAUGUGAAAGUAGCAUACCAUGGCUUCAGAGAGUUGUCCAAGGAAGGCAAAGUUGGCACCUAUGGGAAUACACUCAUACGAGAUUCGUUUGAUGAGCCAGAUUAUGCCCUUAUUGAUACACUGUUUUCACUAGCUGAAGCGUACUUGUUUGCUCAACUUGUUGACUUUAGGGACAACAAUCCUGGAAAAGUUCCAGAGGGUGCUGAUUAUUCUCGCAUGUACAAAGAUGUUCGGGCUGCUGUUGAUUUGUGCCACCGGGAUGGAACCUUAAAGCAAAUGGUUGCACAGGAUCCUAAAAGGUAUAUCAACGAGGACACCUCUAUAGUACCUAUGCUCAAAAUGAUGAGGGAUUCUGGCCGUUCAACAUUCUUGGUGACAAAUAGUUUAUGGGACUACACAAAUAUUGUAAUGAAUUUUCUCUGUGAAUCCUGUACAUUGGAUGGUGGUAUCACUUGCAAUUUUGAUUGGCUCCGAUAUUUUGAUGUUGUCAUCACUGGCAGUGCAAAACCUGGCUUCUUCCAUGAAGACAACCGUGCCAAUCUUUUUGAGGUUGAACCUGAGUCUGGAAUGCUCCUCAAUACUGACAAUGGCACUCCUAUGCCUCAGGUGGGAAAUACUUCACCAAAAGUGCUACUGAAGGGAUUAAACAAAGGUUGCCGAGUCUUCCAGGGAGGCAGUGUUGGUCAUCUACAUAAGUUGCUCUCUAUAGAGUCAAGUUCACAGGUUCUUUAUGUUGGGGACCAUAUCUAUGGAGAUAUUUUGCGCAGCAAGAAGGUUCUUGGAUGGAGGACAAUGCUUGUAGUUCCAGAGCUUGAGAGGGAGGUUGAAUUGCUUUGGGAAUUAAGAGAUAUGCGAAAGCAAUUAAGGUUAUUGAGGAAUGAGCGUGAUCUUAUUGAAGACCAAAUUCAUCAUUUGAAGUGGUCUCUCAAGUUUGAAAGUCUUGGUGAUGAUGAAAAGCAGAAAAUGACUUCUUCUCUGGGUGAACUACAGUCCCAAAGGGAUCAAGUGCGACUUGCUCAUCAACAAGCUCAACGGGAGUGUCACCAAAAGUUUCAUAAGAUCUGGGGACAACUCAUGAAGACUGGCUAUCAAAACUCUCGCUUCGCUCAUCAGGUUGAGAGAUUUGCCUGUCUUUACACAAGCCAAGUGUCCAACUUAAGCUUGUAUUCCCCAGACAAAUACUAUAGACCAAGUGAAGAUUUCAUGCCUCACGAAUUUCAUAUUCUUCCUUUGUGAAAUCUGUUCCGAAGAAGCAAAAUAACUUUUCUUCUUUAGUGCUUUUGAGGCGUAAAAAUAAAAGCCUCAGCCUCUUCAUUUUCUUGUCGUCUCUCACAACGAUGGCUUCGUUGUAAUUAUUUUUGCUCAUUUGUAAUUCUCACUUGAUGCUUGUAGUCAUCGAUCC